ACCAUGGAGGGAUUCCGACCGUACACUGGUCAAGAGCUACACAUGGCAUCUCCUACCGAUCUCCACCUUCCCGCAUAUGGCAAUUCCCACGUCUUCCCCACUUCUCCCACUAAUUAAACCUCUUUCACAUUCUUCGCUUCUCAACAUUUCUAUGCUCCGCAGACUCUUCCUCUCUUCCUCUUCUCAUCGCUUUCUUCCUCACCGACCAAAACCAUCGUCGCCUGGGAAAUACGCGUAUACCGCAGCCCACUUCCCUUCCUCCUCUGUUAUAUCACGACGCAUUCUCGCUCCCAAGGUUUUGGCAAUGGCUGAAAGGCCCACCCAUUCGACGUCUUGUUCCCACAAGUAUACCAAUCGACUUGUAGCCGAGCACAGCCCUUACUUGCUGCAGCACGCCCAUAAUCCGGUUGAUUGGUAUCCAUGGGGUGAAGAAGCUUUCGCUGAGGCACGAAAGAGAGAUGUACCUAUUUUCUUAUCAAUGGCGAUUCUAUUCGAAGUUGGGUACAGCACUUGCCACUGGUGUCAUGUUAUGGAGGUUGAGUCAUUUGAAGACCAGGGGGUUGCCAAGUUGUUGAACGAUUGGUUUGUUAGCAUUAAGGUGGACCGAGAGGAGCGACCAGACGUCGAUAAGGUGUACAUGACCUAUGUGCAAGCUUUGUAUGGGGGAGGAGGUUGGCCACUGAGCGUGUUCCUUUCACCUGACUUGAAACCUUUAAUGGGUGGAACCUACUUUCCCCCUGAUGAUAAGUAUGGACGACCUGGAUUUAAGACUUUACUUAGAAAGGUGAAAGAAGCUUGGGACAGUCAGAGGGAUACACUAGUUAAGAGUGGAGCCUUUGCAAUUGAACAGCUUUCUGAGGCUCUUUCUGCUGCUGCAGAUUCGAAUAAAUUGGCCGAUGGAGUUUCUGAAAGUGCUCUACGUUUAUGCUCAGAUCAACUCUCUGGAAGCUAUGACUCUAAGUUUGGUGGAUUUGGAUCUGCGCCAAAGUUUCCCCGACCAGUUGAGAUCAAUCUGAUGCUUUACUACUCCAAAAAAUUGGAGGAUACUGGGAAGUUGGGUUUAGCUAAUGAACAUCGGAAAAUGGCUUUCUUUACCUUGCAAUGCAUGGCAAGAGGAGGUGUUCAUGAUCACAUUGGAGGGGGGUUUCACAGAUAUAGUGUCGAUGAGUGUUGGCAUGUUCCACAUUUUGAGAAGAUGCUAUAUGAUCAAGGGCAGCUUGCUAAUUCUUAUUUAGAUGCUUUUUCUGUCACAAAAGACACCUUCUAUUCAUUUAUAUCACGGGAUAUCCUUGAUUAUAUGAGGAGAGAUAUGAUUGGUCCAGAAGGUGAAAUCUUUUCGGCAGAGGAUGCUGACAGUGCAGAAACUGAGGGAGCUGCAAAGAAAAAGGAAGGAGCCUUUUAUAUAUGGACCAGCAAAGAGGUUGAAGACAUACUUGGACAGCAUGCAGAUCUUUUCAAAGAGCACUACUACAUAAAGCCCUCAGGCAAUUGUGACCUUUCUAGAAUGAGUGAUCCUCACAAGGAAUUCGAGGGAAAGAAUGUCCUGAUAGAGAGAGAGGAUAUAUCUGAAUUGACAUCAAAAUAUGGUAUGUCAGCUGAGAAAUAUUCUGAGAUUCUAGGAGAAUGCAGGCAAAAGCUAUUUGAAGUGAGGUCAAAACGACCAAGGCCACAUUUAGAUGAUAAGGUGAUUGUAUCCUGGAAUGGGCUUGUGAUCUCAUCUUUUGCUAGAGCCUCUAAGAUUCUCAAUGUUGAAGCUGAAGGAACCAGAUUCAACUUCCCUGUUGUCGGCAGUGAACCAAAGGAGUACUUGGAAAUUGCGGACAAGGCAGCCUCCUUUAUUAGGAAGCAACUUUACAAUGAAGAGACAAGCAGGCUGCAGCAUAGUUUCCGAAACGGUCCCUCUAAAGCUCCUGGCUUUUUGGAUGAUUAUGCUUUUCUGAUUUCUGGAUUGCUGGAUCUCUAUGAGUGCGGUGGUUCAGUUGACUGGCUUGUGUGGGCAAUUGAGCUGCAGGAGACCCAGGAUGCUUUGUUUCUUGAUAGGGAGGGAGGAGCUUAUUUUAACACGGCAGGAGAAGAUCCAUCAGUUCUUCUCCGAGUAAAGGAAGAUCAUGAUGGGGCCGAACCCUCUGGGAACUCAGUUUCUGCAAUUAAUCUAUUAAGAUUGGCUUCCAUGGUUGCUGGAAAUAAGGCUGACUAUUAUAGACAAAACGCAGAACAUCUUCUGGCAGUAUUUGAAAAUAGAUUGAACGAUAUGGCUAUGGCAGUGCCUUUAUUGUGUUGUGCAGCAGACAUGUUGCACGUUCCUUCCCGCAAGCAAGUAGUUCUGGUGGGUGAAAAGAAUUUGAAGGAAUUUGAAAGCAUGCUUACCACAGCUCACGCAUUAUAUGACCCUAACAGAACCGUUAUUCAUAUAGAUCCCAACAACAAGAAGGAGAUGGAAUUUUGGGAAGCACAUAAUGGCAACAUUGCUGUCAUGGCGAAGAAUAACUAUGCAGCAGACAAGGUUUCAGCUCUUGUUUGCCAAAACUUCACUUGUAGCCCGCCUGUGACUGAUAACGCUUCACUCGGAGCUCUGCUCUCUAAAAGACCCUCAUCUUCAUCUGCUUAGACGGGGUUCUGAGAUCUCAAAGUAGGCAAUAGAAGUGAACAAUACUGAUAGUUAUCCUUUAAUAACGUGUUUAUCUACGGAAGCUAUUGAUUCUGAGUCUUUGACUAUUAGCAUCAACUGGAAGUGGUACAUAUUCCUCAUUGAUACGUACAGGGUGACCGGUUCAUAAGUAUUUUGCGGCUUCUCAUCUGUCUCUGCUGUGGAAGCCGGAAUUGCCAAUGGCUGGGUUUGUUCGGGUCCAGCCACGUAUAGCCCUUUCCCCUCACCCCCGGUGUUUUUUUUUUUUUUUUAAAAAUAAUGCAGAAGCAUAUCUAAUUUCAAACAAAUUGAUCAGAAAUUGUACCUGUAGCCUGUAGCAUAAAAUUAUAGGGUCGAAAUGGAAAGAAUCAUCUUCAAUUUAAA